CUGGUACUUUGGUCGCUCUUAUUUCGAAAAGGCAGUAAAUGACGUCACUCCCGCAGUCUGUCUCCGUGUUAUAAGAUGGUGUCCGGGUUUUGGAUUGAAUGUCUCCCUUCAUUUAAACCUCAGUGAGAUGACGUCUGCCCAACAAACCUUCAAAAAUGAACCUAAGAAAAACAAAGCUUUGCUCACUGCUGAUGAUUCUUAUAAUGAAAAUCUUCACAGGUCAAACCCUCACCUGUCACCGGACAGAGUAUCAGAUUGGAAAUGAAUGCUGUCCGAUGUGUGGAAUCGGUAAACAUGUAAAGACGGACUGUGAGGGCGACACAAGCACGUCAUGUAAGCCCUGCCCAGACGGAACCUUCAUGAAUAAACUGAACGGGCUGAAACGUUGUUUCCCGUGCUCUAAAUGUGAAGGAGGUUCUGGUUUGAGGAUAAAUACACCCUGUACAAGAAUAUCAGACUCCGUCUGUAGACCACUGGAGGGAUUUUUUUGCACGCAGUCUGAAGAGCACGGUUGUGGAGCAGCACAGAAACACAGGAGCUGCAUACCAGGACAGUUCAUCAGUCAGAGAGGAACCUCUCUGACAGACGCUGUGUGCUCUCCCUGCUCUCCUGGAACAUUUUCAAAUGGGACGUUUCCAUUUUGUCAGGAACACACACAAUGUGAAUCACUGAAUAAACAGCUGCUGAGACCAGGAACUAAAUCAGAUGAUGCUGAGUGUGGAGAACUAAGUCAAGAGAAGACUGGAGUGAUCGUCGGUGUUGUUUUUGGUGUUGUUGUUGUUGUUUUUUUAGCUUUUCUUGCGAUGUGGUAUCACAGAAAGAAGAUAAAUAGAUGUCUAAACAGAGGAAAAAGAAGCAAAACAGAAAAUGGACACAUGGAACCUUUGAAUGCAAACAACUUACCCGUAGAGGUGAAUCUGGACAGAGCAGAGGAUCAGGCUGUGAUGGUUCAUACCUAAACAUGCAGACAUCUUUUUUGACACUGUGAGGUAAAUGUUCUCCAGGAUCCGUUCUUACUCAGCCGGAUUCUGGUACAUUAUCUUUGCAGUGUUCAUAAAAUACCUCAAUCUGAGCUCUCAGUGUUCUGCACCUGAAUGAGUCAGGAGCAUUUCUUAAGCUGACAUGAGGGCUUGCAGGCACUGACGUUGAAGAAUCAUUUACAAUGAAAGUUGUUUGUUCUGUUCUAAAGCAUUCAGAUCUUUUACAGCUCUUACAGUUUUUCUCGAUUGCAGAGACGCAUUUCUCAAAACUCUAAACAUGAAUCCCAAACUGCACACUCAACUUCCCAAACGUCAGACUUCAAAAACCUAACUCUAAACCAAAGACAAACAUGUUUCCUUAUUCAUAAUUCUACAGGACAACUCGGAUCAACUCAGUGUGAGGGGAUGAAGAGGGUUCACAGUGAAGGAAGGAAGGACAAAAAUACUGACAGUAAAAAUAUUUAAAACAGGAAAAAUACUGUCAAAGAAGAUAAUUUAAUGUACCACAGCUGCCCUCCUCUGUAGAUUACUGCAAAUACAGGAAGUAAUCUCCUUCCUCCCACCUUACCUCUACUCCUCUCUCCUCCCUCCCUACCUCUCCUCCUCCCUCUUUUCUUUGCUGACUGAGUUAAAUGUCAGAUGCUUUCUGAAUGAACACGAGGUGCAGGCAGAGAUCAUUCCAGGGAUUUGUGUGUACAGUUUGAACUGAAAGUUGAACUCAUUUGAAUCCUGUGUGUAAACAGGUCAAUACAGUUUACAGUUUUGGGAAAUGUGUGUGUCUUGUUGGAGGUAGCAUUAACAUAUUUAGUUUAUGGGGCGUCCUUGGCCGAGUGGUUUAGGUACGCCCCGUGUACAGAGGCUGCAGUCCUCAUCGCAGCAGUCGCUGGUUUGACCAUUUGCUGCAUGUCUUCCCCCAGUCUCUGCUGCCCACAUUUGCUGUCUCUCUUCAGCUGUCUUAUCAUUAAACGCAAAAAUGCUCAAAAAAAAGAAAACAGAAAAAAAAAGAUUUUUCCUUUUAUAAGUUUAGGAAUAGUGUGGAAGCAAUUGAGAAAAACUGGGAGUACAAAUAUUUAAAACACCAGAACUUAGCCUCAGUCCUUGUCCUGCUUUUAACACCUUGUAAAGCAUCUUUCUGUUGUACAGUAUUUACUUUUGCCCAUUGCAGGGUUGGAUUUAACCUUUUCGUCACAGGUUUCUGUUUAUUUAUAUAUUUUCUUUUACGCUGAAGAAAAGAAAAACAAUGUUGAUAACUGUUUUAUGUAUAAAUUGUUUUUUAUGAGAAGUAACUGUCCGCAUCUGAAGACACCAUGCAUCACAUAAGAAUUAUGAUAAAUCAUGAUUGUAUUAUAAUUAAAAUGUAUUAACAGCUUCCUGAUGCUCUCUGAGGUAAAGAACAGUCAUGUUUUAUACUAAAAUGUUUUUCAAUAAAAGAGAUGUCCACUCUG